UCCUUUUUUUCUUCUAUUAUUAAUAAUCCACCCUAAUAAACUCUAUGACGACAACAGAUAUUGAAAAUGAUGCUAUUCAAUGGGCAAUAGAAGACACAGAGAAUGCUCCAUAUUUUUAUGAUCAAGUUUGUAAUCUUGCCUCAUUCUUUAGUUUUAUGCAGUCUUGUUUACAUUAAUUUAGAAUGAAGCCUCUUCUUCUACUGCAUUUGAUCCUUUUCAAGACAUGACUAAAGAUAUAACUGAACAAACUGAACCAGCUGAACCACCAUUCAAAGCUGAACCUAUGACCAUUCGUGUAGAGGAUCCUCAAAAGAGUCCUAAUGGUUCCUUUAUAACUUAUAGAUUAUUUACAAUGACCUGUUUAGAACACUAUUCAACCAAUAAUAGGCCCGUUCGAAGAAGAUUUCGAGACUUUGUUUGGCUUCAUAAUGCAUUAUCAGCCGAGUUUCCUACUUGUAUCAUUCCGCCACUACCUGAAAAGCACCGUCUAAAAUUCAUUAAAGGAGAUCGAUUUGAUCCACAGUUUAUAGAACAAAGACGAUUAGGACUUCAGUGGUUUAUGGAUAGAAUUGCAAGACAUCCUUAUUUACAAGCAUCACAGUACACACGUCUAUUUUUAGAAUCAACUGAUUUCGCAACGGAUAAGAAUGUUUAUAGCAAAACACUUGCAACAACAGCAUCAAACAAUACCGCUUCUAAUGGCGGUAUUCUUUCCUCUUUUUUCAAACCAGCUAUCAAAGUAAAGAAACCAGAUGAGAAAUUUGAAGAAAUGAAGGAUACAGUCGAUAAGUUUCAAGAUAAUCUACAUGUGAUUGAAAAGCUAUAUUCCAGGAUUGGUAGACGACAGCAGGAACUCGAGAAUAAUUAUAAGCAGUUUGCAGCAAGUAUUCGAGGACUAUCUGGACUUGAGACAAAUGUAGAUCAACCUCUAAGACAGUUUGCUGAAUCUAUUGAGACAUAUGCAAAUGCUUAUAAAGAAAGAAGGAGACAGGAGGAAUUAUUAUUCUUGAAUGACCUACACGAGCUACUCAAUUACUGUCAUGCAGCUAAAGAGCAAUUAACAGAAAGAGACAUGAAACAGGUAACUUUUGAAGAUAUGACAGUUGAUUUACAAAGUGUUGUCUUGGAAAGAGAAAGAAUAUUGUAUCCAGGCAAAAACUUUGGCAGCACGUCUGGCAUGAAUAUAACAGAAUUCAUGACGGAUAAAAUGACUGAUAUUGGAAAGGCCAGAAAUGAAAAAUUGCUACGAUUGGAGUUAAAGAUCAAGCAGAUGCAACAAACUGUAGCAAAAGCAAAUGAUGAGAAUAACAAUUACUCUAAUCAAAUGGUCAAAGAGUUUGAACUGUUUAAACAGGCUAAACAGACCGAGCUGAAACAGAGUUUAGCUGCUUAUGCAGAUUGUCACAUAGAGUUUUACACAAAGAGUAUCUCUAUCUGGGAGAACAUAUUGCCCGUCUUAGAUCGAAUCCAGUUACAAGAUAUGUAAUCAUCCUCCUCCCGUUGCUCUUUCUCUCUCUUUCUUUCUCUCUUUGUUUCUUAUUUAUAAUGGCAUCCAGUGUAAAUACACCAUCAAAUAAAGAAAAAUGUAAAUAGCAGUCGCCGUUUUGUAGUAUUUUGUUUAUUGUAAAAUAUUUGAUCUAGCAAUGCUUAAAGCACCAUUAGGCAUUCAUGCG